AUGGCCGCCACUGUGACUCCAUCCGCCGCAGCGCCGCCGCCUCUCAACGUCCGCCGCGUACUGUCAACCAAUCUCAUAAUCAACAGACUUCAUAUGCUCCUCAACGGGAUCGCCAUAGUCGCCAUUUUCUCCUACAGAUUCACCACUCUUUCUGCCAUUCUUGAAACAGGGGACGCCCCUCUCCUACCUCAUCUCAUCGUCACUGUCUCCGAAGUCAUCCUCGCUUUUCUCUGGAUUCUGCACCAGGCUUCCCGGUGGCGGCCCGUCGAACACGUCGUGUUCCCGGAGCGGCUGCCGGGAGACGAGCACCUCCCCGCCGUAGAUGUAUUUGUCUGCACGGCUGAUCCUGGUAAAGAGCCCUCUCUGGGAGUCAUGAACACUGUUAUAUCGGCUAUGUCGCUAGACUACCCUCCUCAUAAGCUCGCCGUUUAUAUUUCCGACGACGGCGGUUCUUUGAUCACAUUGAAUGCCGUCCGUGAAGCGUGGAGAUUCUCCAGGUUUUGGGUUCCUUUCUGCCGGAAAUAUGGACUGAAUCUCAGGUGCCCUGAAACUUAUUUUGCUACUCAAGAGAAGUUCAUCGGCAGCGCUGAGUUUGAUGCUGAUAGAAAUAUCCUCCGGGAAAGGUACAGGGAAUUCCAGGAAGCUUUGGAAAAGAAUUCGGUGAAUGAGAGCUAAUCUGUUAGCAGAGACCAUCCGCCCACAAUCGAGGUGAUGACCGAUGAUCAAAAUAAGGAUUCCGGCCUAAGAGAGAUGCCUCUUCUUGUCUAUGUAGCUCGGGAAAAAAGAUCAUGUCAUCCACACCAUUUCAAAGGAGGAGCACUCAAUGUUCUAAUCAGAGUAUCUGCGGUGAUAAGCAAUGCUCCAUACUUUUUGGUCUUGGACUGUGAUAUGUACUGCCAUGAUCCUUCGUCUGCUCGUCAAGCUAUGUGCUAUUAUCUUGAUCCUAAACAUUCUCCGCAUAUAGCUUGGGUUCAAUUCCCUCAGAAAUUUCGUAAUAUGAGUGAACAUGAUAUCUACGGUGGCCGAUUAAACAACUUUUUGAGAGCAGCGUAUGGUGUUGAUGGUCUUAGAGGAACUAACCUAAUGGGGUGCAAUUUUUUCAUGAAAAGGGAAGCAAUCUAUGGAACUAAGAACAUUCAAAGGGGUAGGUUGGGUGAUUGUAUAUAUCCUCAUAAGCUUUUGUGGUUACAUAUGUUGAAUAAUAAAAUACUAUUCGACCUUGAGAAUACAACUUCAUAAUUUUCAAAGGCUAUUAUAAUGCACAAAUAGAGAAAUUAAGGACCCAAACUAUGUAGGAAUAGGAAACCUAAACAUUAAACUACUACAGAUUAUAUCGUACAUUUGGUAGGAUAUUUUGCAAUUCUUUUGAUAAUGCUCAUUUUGCACUCAUAGAAGGUUUGUUUCUUUUUGUUGAUGUUUUUGCCCCCCUCAUUUUUUGAUUCAAUACAAUCCUCAUUUGAAGAUAAAUAAAUCGCAUUUGGAUCUACAAAAAUGCCGAAUUUGCUCAUUUAGAAAUACCAUGCUUAUGCUGCAUCCAGUUGUAUGAUAUCAGUUAUAUAUAUAAAGCGAAGAGAACUAUAUAGGAACUCUAAUACUACCAAAACUAUGAAACUAUAUAUUAUUUCUUUACUUUAACAGCCUGUGUAUACUUAUGCAGUAUAACUGGUAAAGAAAAAUCAUCCUUUCAUCUUAUUGUCUCUCCAGGCGCUACACUCGAUCAACUGAAGAAGUUGUUUGGCUCGAGCAAUGAGUUCAUUGAAGCUUUUAUGAACAAAGAAAGGUACAAACCAAAGAUGCCUGAAGCCAGAAAGCCAUCUGAUGCAUUGCAGAAUGAGCUACAAUUGCUAGCCUCAUCUAGUUAUGAUGUUGGCACACAGUGGGGAAAAAUGGCAAGUCUCUUCAUUCCUUAGUAUAUAUAAGGAAAGAAAUCAUGUGUCAUACUUUGGUCGGUCAUGUGUGUAUAUCAUCUUAUAUAUAUUUCAUUAAGUACAGGUUGGCUACCGGUAUUUUAGUGUGGUGGAGGAUGCGAUAACAAGCCUCGAGUUGCACUGCGAUGGAUGGAUUUCUGUGUAUAUCAACCCUUCCAACCCAUGUUUCUUGGGUGCAUCCACUAACAACUUGAACGAUACUUUAGUUCAACAAACACGUUGGGCUUUUGGCCUAAUGCAGAUGGGUCUAUCAAGGUUUACACCUCUUAUAUACGGUCCAUUAAGAAUGUCAAUUCUUCAAAGCAUGUGGUAUGGUGCACUUGUACUUGACUCUCUCUCUACCAUCCCCUUCUAUGGAUUAUCCAUAAUUCCUCCCAUCUGUCUACUUUACUGCAUUCCUCUCUAUCCCCAGGUGAGUAAGCAAAAGAACACGCAUCUUUAGGUCUUGUUUGGAUGGAGGAGUUUGGGGGCGGGGAGAGUCUUGAAGACCUUAUUACUCUAUGUCUUGAUAUAUACAGUAUUUGACAUUUUAUAAAAUUUGAAAGAUCAAAAUAACAGGUGAUCCAAACACUUCACUAACAUUCAUUCAUUUUAGAAACAUUCCUCUUGAAUGAAAACUACUACUUUUGUUAAUUAUCACUUUCAACUUACACCUUCACAAUUUCAAGAGAACAUUAAGAUGCUUAUACAAAUAGAUGUUAUAGGAAACUAUAACACUACUAAAACAAUAAAAACUAUGUUACUAUUAAUAUAUAGUAAAAAUAAAAUUCAUCAAGAUAUAGAUUAACCUCUCCGAAUCCUUUCUUUCCAAACCCUCCAUCCAAAUAGACCCUUUGUUUGUAUUUAUAAAAAGUGAAGCAUGUCUAUGGUUUGAUACAUUGCUUACAAUGGAUAAGUGACUCAUUCAAUUGACCAAUGUUUCCCUUCUUUGUCACCAUUUCUUUAAAUAUUGAACUUUUUUUAAAUAUUACCUUGUAGGUAUCGAAUCCAUUUUUCUAUGCGUUUGCAUUUGCUUUCGUUUCAUCACAACUCAAGCAUGUGCAAGAGGUCUUUUCCUUUAGAGAUCAUUCGUUCAUGAAUGCACUCUAUGAAUUAAGGGUGUGGAUGAUGAAGUUGGGAACAUGCUACUUUUAUGCGCUUAUCAAUUCUAUUUUGAAUAAAUUUGGUUUGCAUGAAGCGAAUUUCAAUCUAACAAACAAGGUGGUUGAUGAUGAAAAUGUCAUGCUUUAUGAAAGGGAAAUAUAUGAUUUCCGUGCAUUGCCCAUGUUGCUUGUUCCAUUGUGCUGCAUCUAUAUUUUAAAUCUGGCUUGUUUUAUCAUUGGAGUGACAAGGAUCUACGGAAAAGGUGAUGAAUUGCUUGCCCAAGUUGCUCUCUCUUUAUUCGGGCUAGUUGUGAACUACCAUUUGCUUGAUGGUAUGUUCUUGAGAAAGGACAAUGGCCGCAUCUCACCAUAUGUCUUUCAACUUACUCUUAUAGUAUCUGGAGUAAUCUUCGGAUGUGUAUCAGUUUUUCUUCUUCAUUGAUUCAAAAUAUAUUUUUUCCUAAAGAAUAUGAAUGCUUUGGUAUAUCGAAGCAGUAAAUAUGUAAUUCUAAGUUCUUCUUAUACGAAACUAAUCCUUCAUUUUUCUCUACUCUCA